UUUCAGAGACAAGUUCUACUUGUCUCUGGUAGUUUGUCAUUUUAACUGAGUGACGGCAUGUGGACAAGCGUUUGUCGCGAUUUCUCCAUUCACAAGCUAAGGACGUUGUUUACCUUUGUUUCUUCCUCUAUAAAUCCUGCAUUAUUUGACUUCCGUUCGUCUACUUCCUGGAAAAUGGUACUGGAUAUUGGUUGAAGGAUUUAUUUACCUUUACUAAAUAUGGAUUCAUCGUUCAAAAAUUUGGAGGCUCAGUUAGAAAUGCUUAUAGAAAAUGCUCGUCAGAUGCAUAUAAUAGUUAGCGAUUUUCACCCACAAAGCCAGAAUGCGCUUAAUCAAAAAUUGCAGUCAAUGGUACAUGGAUUACAGGAGGUGGACAAGCUGAAAUCCCAAUUUCAAGAUGUGCAUGUUCCGCUAGAGGUAUUCGAUUAUAUUGACCAGGGUCGCAAUCCCAAAUUGUAUACCAAGAAUUGCAUUGAAAAAGCUUUGGCCAAAAAUGAACAAGUUAAAGGAAAAAUCGAUGCUUACCGAAAAUUAAAAACAAACUUGAUAGUGGAAUUGGAGAAAAUCUUUCCUAACGAGAUCAGCGAAUAUAUAGGUUUAAGAUGUCCAUAUGAUACUAGACACAUGUUUGAUGUUGAAUUGAAUGAAGAAAGUGAAACCGAAGAACAUACAUUGUCGCAUAUGGCAAAGUUAGUAAAAGAUGCCAGUGACGAGACACUGAUGAUACACUCAUAUUCAAAGUCGACGAUGAUUUAGAAAACGAUGAAAAUAUGCAAAUGCUGAGCACAAAUGCUACAGAAGAAUUACAAGACUACAAAUGUAACGUAUGUGCAGAAACGUUUGUCUUGAAAACACGAUUUGCGGAUUAGAGCUUGAGGCAAAUGUAUCGUUAAAUACUCAAGAAAUCAAGUAUCAUUCAGACGACCGCCCUCACGAAUGCAGCAUUUGCAGCUUGAGAUUCAAAUCGAUGAUCGCCCUUAUGCCAGUGAUUUAUGCAGUUCAACGUUCAGGCGGAAAGAUCAGCUGAAUGAACAUCGAGAUAUACAUACACAGGAAAAACAAUACAUGUGCAAUAUUUGCAACCAAGCGUUUUCACUAAAACAAAAUCUAGAUAGCCAUAUGACGUCUCAUUCGGGCAAUCGACCCUUUGAAUGCACCAUUUGCAAUGCUACUUUCAAUAGAAAGGGCGCUUUAAACAGUCAUCGUCGAUACGUCCAUAAUGCGCAAUUCGGCAUGGGAGAGUGACAAUUAAAAAAACAAACUAAAUAAAGACAUCUUUUGAAAAACUCUGGAUUUUUAGAAUAAAGAUUGAACGUGAGUUUGACAGUCAGCUUCAAGAGGGCAAUGUAUCGGUUGGCAUAAUGCGUUGACGAAAUGGAUAUAUCUAAUAUGCUUUCUUAUUUGCCGGUUUUUUGUUGUAGGUUUUAAUUAUUUUUAGGACGUUUUUACACUUGCUUCAUUUGAACGCAUUUAGUCGAUUAUUUAGUUUAAGUCUUGCUGACGAAACUUUAAAUUGAAAUGUUGAUAUAUGAUAUAUGAUAUAUGCUAAAUGGAAAUAAAUCCCUUACUUUAUGAUCACUGGUUGGUUGUCUUUACAUUUUUCGUUAGGUUUACGAUUUGCUUAUACAGGGUGUCUCACCGGAAACCGCUGCGAUAGAUAUAUGGAAAAUUGUAAUUAGGAGAAGUUUGAAAAUUGGACAGCGUGCCAAG